UUGGGAAGCUUAGAUAAUGGCAGGCAAUUUAAAAAUGUGCAAUGCACAAGGGAUAGCGUAUGAGUUCAAGGCUGCAUUCAUGCAAUAGUGGGAGAAUUGUCGCAAACUCAAUUAUUCUGAAGCAAAAAUAUCGAUACAGAUUAUAGUUGGACUUGAAGGCGGGCAUGAGGGACAGCUCAUGCAAUAUUCAGGAUAAUGGUCGUCUCCAAAACUUCCUGGGGUUUGUUAAGGUUAAGGUGGCCAGAUGGGGAAAUUCUACUUUUUAAUCCAAUUAAUAUGUUUGUUCGAGCUUCUUACGAUGGGCAAUUGCGAGGAUAUCAACAUAGUUUUUCUAGUUGAAGACGGACAAAAGGAUGUAAUCGAGUUAAUGGAAAAUGUGCUAAAAAAUUUGAAAAACUUCAACAGUUUCGAUACCACAAACAUCAAACCACACUUCGUCGCCACCAAUCGAAAAUUGGCAAAUGAAUCAAUCGAUAAAUUGUGUAGCCUUUUCCAGGACGGAAUUUCCAUAAUAUUGGACCAAACUCGUUUCGGCUGGGAAGAUGGACUGAAAUUAGUUACUUGGUCAGAAGUGAACUAUCUCAAGUUGGACAUCUCCAUUGGUCCCUUCUUGGUUGCUCUCCACGAAAUAAUUCAGAAAAGAGGUGGAAACGAUGUUGUAUUGAUUUUCCAAAGUGAAGAGGAUUAUCAAGAAGGAUUGCAUUACAUAAUUGAAAAAUCGCACUUGCGUGUGCUGCUACUCAAUGGACUGUCGGACCAUGUGGUGCAAAGGCUAGAUUCCUUGCGGCCAGCUCCUGGAUAUUACAGCAUCUUGGCCGACGCAGAAAGCAUGCAGAAUAUUUAUAAAAAAGUAUCUUCAGCAAAAAUGUUCAAGCGUUCUGACAAAUGGCACUUUGUAUUCCUGGAUUCAGAUUUCGAUAAAUUUGAUUUUAAACCUAUACCGGAAAAUAGUACAAUAAUCAGGCCAAGCAACACCUUUCUUCACCCUUCAACAUAUCAAGCAAAUAAAUAUUCCUUAAAGUUACUGAAAAUUAAGGAAAUCCUCCUUAUGGAGUUGAUGCAGAAAAUAGCAGAAUUCAGCAGAAUCGAAACUAUCAACGCCCACAAGUUUGACUGUAAGAACUUCGAUAUUACCGAAAACUACGAACAAAGAAGGCCUUCGGUCCCAGAUAAAUUGAUGAAUCUAUUUGAAGAUAGCAAAAUGUUGAUAAUCGACAAUGAUAGGAUAUCUUAUCAUUUGAAUUUGUCUAUUGAAAGGAAAGAUGGAGACGAGGAUACAACAGUCACUGCAAUGUGGAAUAGUGGAGUCUUUCAAGCAUCAGUGAAUUCUGGUCUAUAUCCGGCGAGAAGGUUUUUCAGGAUUGGUACUACUGAGGCUAUUCCAUGGUCAUAUAUUCGGAGGGACCUUAUAACUGGAAAAGUACUUUUAGACGACGAAGGAAAUCCCAUUUGGGAAGGGUAUUGCAUCGACUUGAUAGCCAAAUUAGCAAAAAAGAUGGAUUUUGAUUAUGAAAUUGUCGCUCCCCGUGAAGGAACCUUUGGUAAACGAACUUCUAAAGGACACUGGAAUGGUUUGGUUGGAGAUUUGGUAAUCGGGGAGACAGAUAUGGCUGUCGCGGCUCUAAAAAUGACUGCCGAGCGUGAGGAAGUGAUUGAUUUUGUUGCUCCGUAUUUUGAACAAACGGGAAUUUCUAUAGUUAUCCGAAAACCACUUCGCCAGACAUCAUUAUUUAAGUUCAUGACUGUACUGCGGUUGGAGGUUUGGUUGAGCAUAGUCGCCGCGCUAGUAUCAACUGCGGUAAUGAUAUGGCUGCUCGACAAAUAUUCUCCAUAUAGUGCCAGGAAUAAUCCCAAGGCGUAUCCAUAUCCGUGUAGGGAUUUUUCACUGAAAGAAAGCCUCUGGUUCGCUCUAACAUCAUUUACUCCGCAAGGUGGUGGUGAAGUACCGAAAUCGGUUUCAGCUAGAACACUUGUCGCUGCCUAUUGGUUAUUUGUAGUUUUGAUGUUAGCAACAUUUACCGCAAAUCUUGCCGCCUUCCUAACUGUCGAGAGAAUGCAAACACCAGUUCAAUCCUUGGAACAGUUAGCAAGACAAUCAAGAAUCAAUUAUACUGUCGUCGAAGGAUCAGACACGCAUAAAUACUUUAUCAAUAUGAAGUUCGCUGAAGAUACUUUGUAUCGCUUAUGGAAAGAACUAACUUUGAAUGCAACGUCUGACCAAAGUCAAUAUAGAAUUUGGGAUUAUCCCAUCAAAGAGCAAUAUGGUCAUAUUCUCUUAGCCAUCAAUUCCUCGAAUCCAGUUAAAAAUGCCGCUGAAGGAUUUCGGAAAGUAAGUGAACACGAAAAUGCAGACUUCGCUUUUAUACACGACUCUGCUGAAAUCAAAUACGAGAUCUCGAAAAACUGCAACUUGACAGAAAUAGGUGAAGUUUUCGCCGAACAGCCUUAUGCAAUAGCUAUACAACAGGGGAGUCAUUUACAGGACCAACUCUCAUUUGCAAUUCUAGAAUUACAAAAAGAUCGUUAUUUCGAGGAACUCACAGCCAAAUAUUGGAACAACUCAGCCAGAAAGGAUUGCGACAAUACAGAUGAAAAUGAGGGGAUUACAUUAGAGAGUCUUGGUGGAGUAUUCAUUGCUACUUUAUUCGGAUUAGGGCUAGCCAUGGUCACUCUAGUGUGCGAAGUGAUUUAUUAUAGGCGAUCUGGUCCACGUGUUACAAAAGUUAAACCAUUUGAACGGAAGCCCAAGGAAGACGCAAAACUUAAAGCGAAGAAAAAGAUAUUCAAUGAGACUAUGCCAUCUUAUAAAGAAGUUCAGAAGUCAGAGAGCGUCCCGGUGACAUUAGCCAAAGAAUUUGUGCCUGCUAGAAAAAGAAACACAAGGAUUGCGUAUAUUCAUCCUGAGGAAGGGUCGUACUUCUAUGAAUAGCUAGCAGGACUCUUAAAAAUUCAAUGCUGUAGAAGAUACACUUUAGUUCUAGCGUUGCCAACACAAUAAAAAAAGUUAUUAUAGACGUA